UCCUGCCUAACUUCGGCCACAAGAGUUUCCCCUCCAGCCUUCAUACCCAUUUUCAAGGAAGUUUGCCGCAACUUUGGCAGGGAAAACAAGAGCAUUUUCAGAAUGGAAAAGGAAAACCUGAAUUCCUGACCCUCCUUGGCCUUUCUGGAGAGAAAACUGGCCUCGAACUUCCACCUCCUUCCCACCAUGGAUUUUACAAAGGACCUUAAUUUCUCAGCAACAUUUUAGAGUUGGGGGGGGGGUUAUGUUUGGAAAAAACGACAAGCGGGCUUGCAAUAUCUGCCUCUUGAAAUAACAAAUAUUCCAAGCUUCCUUAAAAGAGGUGCAAAACCUGAGAAAAAAAGAACCUCAUCAGGCGCAGGGGAUCUCCUGAGAUCUGGAGGAUGCCGUCCGUCAUGGAAAAAUCUGGGAUCUUGUCCAGGAGCCGGUCCAAAUCGGCCACCAACGGGAACCACCAGAACUCGGAAGAUGACAGCAGUGAGGAGGAACACUCCCACGACAGCAUGAUCCGUGUGGGAGCGGAUUACCAGGCUGUGAUCCCAGAGUGCAAACCAGAGAGCUCAUCCCGCUACAGCAACAAGGAGCUGAAAGGGAUGCUGGUCUGGUCUCCAAACCACUGUGUCUCCGACGCCAAACUGGACAAGUACAUCGCCAUGGCCAAGGAGAAGCACGGCUACAACAUUGAGCAGGCUCUGGGGAUGCUGCUGUGGCACAAACACGACGUGGAGAAGUCUCUGGCUGACCUGGCCAAUUUCACCCCGUUCCCCGAUGAGUGGACGGUGGAAGACAAAGUUCUGUUUGAGCAAGCCUUCAGUUUCCAUGGCAAGAGCUUCACUCGGAUCCAGCAGAUGCUUCCUGACAAACUGAUCCCCAGCUUGGUAAAGUAUUACUACUCCUGGAAGAAAACCCGGAGCAGGACGAGCGUGAUGGAUCGGCAAGCCCGCAAAUUGCUCACCAAGAAGGAAAAGGACGACAGUAAUGAUGAACUGGAGGAAGGACGGCAGGCUAGUGAGGGGGAAUUUGAUGCCAUGGAUCCAAAAAAGGAGCCUGCUUACCAGAAACCGCCCAACAGUAAGCCGGGGCCGGUGAAGAAAGAAGUGCAGUUGUCUCAAUAUCGCCAUCAUCCGCUCCGCGCCCGCCGGCGUCCUCCCAAGGGCAUGUACUUGAGCCAGGAGGACAUCACCGGCCUGUCGGCCAGCCCGGACAUGGCCGCCCUCACGCUGCGCCACCUCGACUCUCAGCUGGUUUCCCUCAAGCGCCAGGUACAAAGCAUCAAGCAGAUCAACAGCAGCAUGAAGCAGAUGCUAGAAGGCGGAAUAGAUAAGCUUCGGCCACCCGAGACCAACACCAAGUUCAAUUCCCGCUGGACGACCGACGAACAGCUGCUGGCCGUGCAAGCCAUCCGCAAAUACGGCAAAGACUUCCAGGCCAUCGCCGAGGUGAUCAGCAACAAGACGGUGGCCCAGGUGAAGACCUUCUUUGUCAGCUACCGGCGGCGCUUCAACCUCGAGGAGGUGUUGCAGGAGUGGGAGGCGGAGCAGGAAGGGGGGGCUCCGGCGGCGCGUCGAGGCGGCUCCCCUCCCCAGGACCACAAGAGCUCCGGACCCUCUCAGGCCAGCAGCGAGGAAGAGGAUGAGGUGAGAGGAGGGACGCCCCCCCCUUUCUAA